AGCUUGAACUUGCUUCUAAUAACGGUUAAGGGGCAAGAUCCACCUGGUUCGCCUGUAUAACCGCCUGGCGCGUUUUUUGAAGUCUCCUAUGUAACAUUGAAAGAAACCCAUCAAAUAUUUUCCCACGUUAAACUUUGCAACAUAUAAUCCCAUCUGUGUCCUGUCUUCUUUUCCAUGUUCAAUUGGUGACCGUUUAUCCUCGAACCACGAAGACAAAAAUUUGAUCAAAGGAAUCCUAUUGAACCAAGAACACCAUUGUCUUUGUUUCGAGAAUCAUUAAUUCAUUCGGACCAUGAUGAUAAAGACCAUGUUGAGGCACAAGAUAGCAACACAGAUGAUAGUUAAAGUGAUGGUUAUGUUGAUGAUGAUGAUGAUUGCUAUAAAUGCUGCCGAUACCAAUGAAGUUUUCGACCCUUGUUCAGAUGCUGUGGUACAAAAGUUCGAUGGUUUCACAUUCGGUCUAGCAUUUUCAGAUAAGGAUUCUUUCUUUUCCAAUCAGGUUCAACUGUCUCCCUGUGAUAGUCGUCUAGCCCUGAGUAAAAAAGCACAGCUCGCUGUGUUUAGGCCUCAGGUUGAUGAGAUUUCUCUGCUUACCAUCAACAGCAGUCCUUCCGACCCGGGCGCGCCUGGACCGCUCGGUAGCUAUAUGGUAGCAUUUGCUGGGAGGAUGCAUGCAGCAAGAUCAUUUCCAGUGAUGAUUUCUGACAAUAAUACGAUCAUCACCAGUUUUACUUUGGUCCUUGAAUUCCAGAAGGGUACCCUUCAAACCUUGUAUUGGAAGAAAUUUGGAUGCCAAUCAUGCUCCAAGGACUUUGUUUGCCUCGGUGGUGAAGACUGUGCAUUACCAAUCUCAAAAUGUAAGAGUAACGGUGGUGCUAAUGAUUGUAAUCUGAGCAUACAAUUAACGUUCUCAGGCACUGACAAGAAUCUCCAAGCGCUUAAUUCGUGGUAUGAGGUUUCUAAUCUCCGGCAGUACUCGCUGUAUGGUCUAUAUUCCAACCUUCGGGACUCUGUCGUUGGCCACUUUGACAGCCUCUUUUAAGCGCCUAUUCCAAGCUAAUAGAUUACAGCCAUCUUAUGUAACGAUGGGUUGUCAGUGAUUCAAAGUAAGAGAAACAUACUACUGUUUUUCAUAUGUUCGUCUAUGUAGUAUCAUACUCAUAAGUGAGCAACACAGAUUUGGCUAGUUUUAUAUUCAAUAGAAACUUGAGUUUUUCUUGUUCGA